UGACAGCUCGAUAGCAUUUUCGCUGCAGCCAUCAGAUUUUUGAGCAAAAUUUUCUUCGCGAUUGUGCCGGAGAUGGUUUAAAAACAAGGAUAUUAUCAAAUUAUAUAGUGUAACGAGUGGCGCAAGGUUUGCGCGUGAAAACUGGGUUUGAUUAACGCGAGUCGAACGAUUUCCACUCGGGCGAGUAGGUGGAAAACUAUUUGUUUUCAUUUCGACUAGUGUCCAAUACGCGAGUGUGCGUGAGUGUUUUUCUUAUUUGCCGCGUUCGCUGCCCAUUUCCAGGACCAACGUGAGUUUUGGUGGGUUUCGGGAAGUUGCCCCUGAGAUAAGGAUAGAUUGCUUCAAGUGUUUGCUGAAUAACUGGAUGGCAACUCGGGAGCUCCUUUAUAAAGUGCAGUUCUGUUUAUACUUUAAAGAGGAUCUAUGCGUGUUUCCCGCGUUGAACAGCCUUGAACUAGAACUAUAGCUUCAGCUGGCCGAAUAUAAAUAAACUCAGACAGUUAGUGAUUAGCUAAUCUGGAGGGAAAUGUCCAGGUUCAGUCCAGCGAGAUAAAUGUGAUCAAAGGAAUUCUGUUCACUGGAAGAGAGUUGAUAUCAUCGGGAGAUGUCGAAAACGAAAACAGUGACAGGCACUGUGGGAGGAGUUGGACCGACCGGAGAGUUUGAUGUGCCAGGAUUCGAGCAACGGCUGCGCGAUCUUAAGGACACUCAGGAUAGCAUCCAGCAGCUUUCGGCAUGGUGCUUACAGCGUAGAGCGAAUCACAAGAAAAUUGUAACCAGCUGGCUGAAUGUGCUGAAGCAGGUGAAAGUUGAGAGCCGCCUAACACUGUUCUACCUGGCGAACGACGUGAUUCAGUACAGCAAACGGAAGAACUAUGAGUACGUCGACAGCUGGGGCACGUACCUGCAGAAGGCCACCACCUUGGUACGAGACGAGAAGGUGAAGCACAAAAUCUUGCGCAUUUUCAAAAUCUGGGAACAACGCGAGAUCUACAAUGACGAGUUUUUGGCCGAUCUCAACGGCUUACUGAGUGCUACUUCGGCGAAGAAAAGUGAACCGGCGCCGGCUGCUUCUUCACCGGCAUCAUCGAAUACAACCCCGACGGUCACGCUGGCAACCGGUCCUACCAGACUUGUCGAGACGAAGCACGCCACGGUGGACAUCGAAGACUUUCAGACGGCUUCGCUGAUUUCGAGCAUCAAGGAUUGUGUGAAAAAUGAGAAUGAUACCGAUACGACCUUCAAGAGUUUGAACAAGACACCGCUGGUUGAUGUGGAAAUGGUGAAAAACUCAAUCAAGGGAAAAGAGCGCUCACGAGUAGAGGAUAUCGAACGUGAGAUCGAGGAGAAUCUGGUACAUUAUCAGAGUUAUGUACAUAGUCUCAAGACAGAACUUAAGUCGCGGAAGGUGCUAAUCGCACUUUUGGAACAGGCGGAAAUAUUCUAUCAUAAUCAGCGAGGCGAAGUUAAGGUGGUAGCAAAUGCAUACAGAAACUUUGGUAAUCGACUGAAAAGCAUGAAGAAGAAAUUAGAUGAACUAACGACCACGCUGCCGAGUCCGAUUCCAUCGCCCGAUAUCAAUGCACCUUCGCCUGAACCGGAUAUGGAUCUCCAGCUGCCCGAUGAUCAAAGCUAUUUCAACGUAAAUGGAAUGAUGAACAGCUAUAUGGAUGGUAAUUUACCAUUCGAUAUCAAUGAUUUCCGACGAGAUUCGCCGACGGCAAACGCAGUGCAACCGAUUCAAGUGAUUAACUCCAGAAAGGAGGAGUCGGAAGGGGUCAAUGAUUUCCUAAAAACGUUUUUCCCAGAUGCGUCGAACCAGCAUUAUCCGACCAAUCGUGGUGGGCCCAAUAGUCAGCAAGCACCUCCUCAUCCAUCGUCCAAUUCCAGUGCGUAUGUGCCGUCUCAAAGUAGCAAUUCAUCUUUGGAAGAAUAUGGAAAUGGCGGAAGUGGUACAGACUAUACGGUUAGUCUGAACAGUUACGGUGUACCAUCUAGUGUUUUAGGCACUGGGCCUGAGUACGGUUUGCCGGGACUUGGUCCGAGACCGAAUAAUCAUCAUCCGGUAGGGAUGGGAAGGAAUUACACAGGAGGUUCCCAAUACAACCAGCCAAUGCUGUCUGAUUAUUCAUCCGGGAGACCUCAGCCGGGAGGAAGAGGCCCUCUAUUGCCGCCACCUCCCCCGGUCAAUUUAGAUCGAUCUGAUGAGUACAAUACCACGUGGGACAUGUCGAUGACAUGGGAUGGACCUCAUGACACAUCAAGCUUCCAAAACCUCGACACUCCCGUAUCUCCCCCACAUUACGAACGUAAAGGCGUCAACUCGAAUGUGAUUGAAUACAUCGAUGGUGUGAGCGAGGAUGGACCAUUGCAGGAUGUGGAUCACCGGCAGAUACCAAAUAUGCCGAUUCCCGCUUUUAUGAAGGAUAAGGGUCGACUCAUGGAUGUAGAUCAUCGAAAUCUCAUCUCGUUGACUGGUUCACCUGGCCCGCUGCUCAAAUCUAGCCUGGAUGAUUUGGAGGAUAUUGACGAUGAUGAUGAUGACGACGACGAUGCCCAAAUCUUGUUGACCGGAAACAAGAAAUCGAUGCCAGAUUUGGCGGGUAAGCCAAUCGCGGCACCGGUUUCACUUGCACCCAGUUCAACAACCACCAGUUCUUACUGGGCAAACAGUGCGGAUCUCGAACUGAGACCGUUGAGUACAGGUGGUCUUGAGCCACCGCAGGCUCCAGUUGCGGCUAGUAGCAGCAGUAGCAGCAGCAUUGCAACCACCACAACCACUGAAUCGAAAGAUCUCGACCUGCGAAUACAGUCGAUGCAGAGGACACUCGAUACGCACUUCGGAGCAGCUGGCUCCACGGAGGAUUCGAAAAGUUGUGAGGAAACCGACAGCAAUUUGCCCUCGCUCCAGCUACCUACCUCGUUGCUCGAAAUCGACGAUUUUCUGCAAAACUUCGAGCGAGAGAACUUUGACCUGAGUAAACCGCCCACGGUGCUGAUGAGUAACCAAACCGAUACAUUCUUGUCUCCAACACCUUCAUUGCUGGAGGUGAGCGCCUCUACUCCGAAACGGUCGCUGUCGAAAAGUAAUGACGAAGAGCAACAGCUGGACCUGGAUGAUCCGACGGAUAAUAAUGAGAGUGUUGAUAUGGACCUUUCGGAUGUGGAAUACGCACCGGAAUAUCCAACCGAAUCGGUAUCAGGUAAGAACGGUACUUCCGCCGACAAACCUUCUUCUGCUUCUCCUCUGUCAACCUCUUCGGUGGUAAUGGUGGUGGGAAAUCUCGAUACAACUUCAACUACAAAACAUCCCACAGAUGCUAGUCCAGACGAUACGACGAAUAAUUCUUUUUCAGCGUCGCAAGAAAUAUUGCAGGAUUCGUCUGACCCAUACGAGCCGUUCGAGGGAGAAGAUGUUGACGAUCCAGUGACGGAUCUACCCAGUCUGGAAGACACCAACGUGCCGCACAUUGAUACGAUACCAGAGCAGCGGCCAGCGUUAUUACCUGAUCCCGAUUUUCCCCCGUCGUUUGCUUUCCACCACCAACAACAACAGCAGCAGCAGCAGCAGCAGCAACAACAGCGAAAACCGUGGGACUUACCGCCCCCUCAGCUGAAUAACUUCGGGCCUGCGAUGCCUAACAUACCUGAUCUAGCGAACUUUGGAGACUUUCCCAAUCUGGCUGCUGGGCUGAACAGCAUGAAUCAACUGCCACCUGGAGCACUGCCUCCUCACAUGUGGAACAAUCAAAUGGGACCGAACGGGGGAGGGCCAAUGGGACCCAUGGGCGGCGGUGGCGGUAAUCAGUUCAAUUCGCCUAAUCGUCCGCCUUUCGUAGGCUCACCGUUUGGUAACAACAAGAACAAUAACUUUAGAAACAACAAUUGGGGUGCUCGUGGUGGAGUUGGAGGUGGCCUCGGCGGCGGUCCGCGGCAUAACUUCCCCUAUUUCCGGGGUGGUAUUGGAGGCGGUGGUCGUGGUGGUGGCGGCGGAGGUAUACGGGGUAAUUUCCGCGGUGGCAACAACAAAUUUCGUGGAGGAGGCCAUCAUAAUAAUAAUAACAGAGGCGGAAAUUGGUAAAUUGUUUUAUUUUCUGUUUAUUUUCGUUAGAUUUUUUUCUGCUUUCAUUUGGGUGGUUAUGAAUGAGACGAUGGAAUGGGAUGCGAACAAAUGAUGGAUUAGAUGUACACACUAUUAACAAUGUUUUGACUAUAUCCCCAACCUGUAACAUGAAUGCAAUCAAACGUUUGAAAUAAAUCUAUAUUGGGCAGAUGCUAAACGUGUUUUUCUCAAAUUCCUUUAGAAAUUUUUCAUACCGUUUAUUAUUUCUCACGUGUUUAUUUACAAUAGAUUUUCAGCUCCGAGGAUUUUACCAAUUCCAUUAUUCAAAGUAUUCGAACUAACUUUCAUUUCCUGCCAGCUAAGCAUUUGUAAUGUUAAGAGUUUGUCCAUAUAAAGAUUUAAUUCAAAUAAUUUUCUAGAGUGUUCAUCUAAUUCAUCAUUCUCAAUGAGAGCAAUGCGUGACUGAAGUGAGUGUCGAUAGAUUUUUAGUCAUCCAAUCAAAUAGAGCAAAAGAAAAAAAACACUCUACAGUCGCAAAGGUGAGGUGAGGAGAUUUAAAUUAACAAUAACAAACAGAGCAAAGAAUAGGGAGUUUUUGAUUUUUGUUUUUCUUGUAAAUAUAAAUGUAAGACUCCGAAUCCGUAAUGUUAAGUGUUAGCGGCUUAUCGAAAUGAGCAAAGUUUUAUUGAUCGUUUCUGGCUGAGUAGAUUAGCUUACGAUUAAUGUUCUUUCUAUCUCUCAUUAAUACCAUUCGUUAGGCUAGACAUGUUGCUUGGAGGUGAAUCAACUGAUCGAUAAUAAUGCUCCAUAGUAGAACUAUGAACGAGAAAAGGUGAACAGUCCAACGCUUUCACCUCCAUUGCAUUCUUGUAUAAAUAUAUCAGAGAAAAACAUUCUACAACCGUUUCACGAACAUGUACGGUGAAUUAUUUUGGUCAAAUUAUUCUAUUUAUGGACGCAUAUGAUCUGCUAAAUGUAUCCAAAAGAGUGGAUAUUCUAGAAUUGUGAGGGAUACCAUGUAAAACUGAUCAGAGAUAGGAAAAAAACGUGUAAAUAUAACUAUUUAUAUCAGAUUUCUGUACUAAGAUAUGUGUGCUAGGGUUUCGAAACCCGCACCAUGACUAGCAUUAGUUUACCUGAAAGGCAGAGUUCAUGUUUGGAGGUUCCGAAUAACUGAGUUGAUAAAUUAUAUUAAUAAACGUAGACACAAAUUUUGAAACAGGAUCAAACAUUUUAAAUGUUAUUAAAUACUACAUAUUUACAGAAAAUAGAAUGGAAACCUGGGUAGGUAUACUUUCUAACAGUGGUUGGUAUCAUUGUCAGAGAGAUAUUAGGUUCAAAUGCAUGAAAUGUAGAUUUCUUCGACAUUUGUGAGCACAUUUGCGUUCGUAGGCUCUGAAACGUGGUGUUUUAUCAUAUAUAAUAUUUUAUUUGGCUAACUUGUGAACAAACUAUGUGAAAAAAUCCGAGUACAUGCAUUCAAAAAGUUAUUAUGCGUUGAAAAUGUCGAACUAUUAUCGUGAAAAUUUAUUUUAAAGAAAACUGUCCAAAACUUGAAGAUGCAUUAUUGCGAGCACUGGAGAACUGGGGGAAAGUGGUCACCCUAAGGAACAUGCCCAUUUCCUGUGUCCACAUACCACUAAAAUUCCCGUUCUUCGAAGAAUAUUGUAGCUCAACUUAAUGUAGUUCAAGAUAGUAAUCGGUUUUUAUUAUGAAAAUUGAAAAUAGCACAUUUCUCAUUAUUAGAAAAAAGGUUGAAUCGAUUUUUUUUUAGUGGGGAGGUAAAGUGGUCACUCGCACAUAUCACGCUAGAAGCGAUAGAUUUAUGCGUGUUUUCUUGUCCAAAUUCGUUUAAAUCAUUAUUGAAAUAGGAGGUACAUGUAUGAAAUGAGCUAGGUCUAUUCACCUAGAGUCAUAAUUGAAAUUUUCUCAUAGGCACAAAAAUGUAGUAGGAAACACAUAACGUUUUUCAUAAUUAGGCUUGGUUUUGGUUGAGGUGGCAUAUUUUUCCUGGGCCAAAACCACAAGAGGUACCCCUUUAGGAGCAGGAGGUGAUAAGGUAUAUCAGCUUUUGAAUACAGAACAUUGUCAGUAGUAAUCCUCCACUAACCACUUUGCCCCCAAAUAACGAGAUGCGAAAUAUGCGAAAUAACCGCUUAAAUUGAAUAAAAUAACUGUUCACCUCUUCUAGAAUAUGUGAACAGUCGUCCAAACUGUUGAUUUGUCGAAAAUAUCAGGUCAAAUGAACUAAAUUUCACUAGAAAUUCCUUGAAUUCGAAACGCACAAAACUACGGCCGAAUGGCUGCCGGGAGAGCGAUUUUUGUUUUUAUUUAUAUUUUGACAUGCAACAGCUCCAUUGAAGUACAGGAUGACUCAAAAGUCAUGAAAUUCUUCAAACAUAAUCAAUAUAAUCCAUAGUCAAUAGUUAUACUAGCAAGCAAGCAGGUCAUCCAAAUUCAAAGAUAGACGGCAGAAGUAUUAGAGCAUUUGCGCUGGUACGAUGGUAAUGAGUUUUUAAGGGCACACAAAUGUGAAUAUUGGGCCUAAUCACGAACAUCACUGUCACAAACGCUUUCACGUCACUUACACUUCACUUAAUCUUUUUGUGUCUAUCUUCAUUGUCACGGACAGUUGCGUGUAAAAAUAAACUCCGUGAGGUAAAAGAGUUCAUUCCCGUUUAUAAGAGACAUGUCAGUUGCAUAAUUUCGGGCGUUUAAACGUUAUGUCGGUUGCAUAAUUUCGCACGUUUGAACGUUAUGUAGGUAAAAUCAAUACAGUGUUUGAGAUAAUAUUCGAUUUAAUUAAGCGUAUGUUUAGAAUGACAAGUUUGCGAUUAUACCUCGAUGAUUCAGUAUUUCAAUCCCAACUAUUCGGACUCAUCCCAUGAUUCAUUU